CUCACACUGCACUAGUGUUAGUUGAUCGCACAACUGCAGCUGCUUGAUCUUUGCCUCUCGCUCGUUGCAUAUCGCGCUCACACUGCACUAGUGUUAGUUGAUCGCCUCGCCCGUUGUAUUGGAGAGGAACAUCAGACAUGAAGAACAUAGACCGACCUCCUUCUAAUCCAAAACGGAUUAUAAUCCAGUCUACUCAAGAGUGCUUCAGCGUUGACAUACCCCGUGUUCCGACAGAGACUGUUAGACACGAAACAAGGCAGGCUGCUGAUGAGGACGAUGACUUUAUGCCAUUAUCCAAGAAGCGUAACUUCGACGACAGUCCUGGGAAAGUCUUGAAGAAGGUAGUCACAAAGCGGAGGAAAGUAGUGGACCCCCCCCCCCGACAGAGGCUUAACGUGAGAUGCAACCCCCAAGAUGUAUUAGUAAGCAUCCAGAUAUUAAAUGACAGACAGCGCCAAGCAAUUGCACGGAGGGGAUUUUCCAGUAUUCUUGAUAUGAGACUUGACGUACUCGGCAGCAGAUCACAUUUAGCUUGGCUGAUGGAAAAGCUCGACCACAAUGACAUGACAAUUCGAGCCGGCCCAGGGAAGGAGCUGAAAAUUACAAAGGAUACGGUGCACCUUAUUUUGGGGCUACCAAAUGCUGGUGGAGGAACUGCAUUGGGCAUCGAUGAAGCUGUUGCUGCCAACAAUUUAAGAGCUGAACUUGGUUUAUCGAAAGAAGAUUUUGGGGUUGCAGCUCUUCAAGAUCUUCUGAGGAAAGGGUCUGACGAUGAUUUAAGCAUCACAUCCUUUUUCCUGAUACUGUUCAAUAGGUUGUUGUUCCCUACUGCCAGCUGGGGAAUAACCAACCAUGAGGUUCUUUUAACUGAGGAGAUGGAUCGUUUCCACCAGAUGGAUUGGUGCCAGCUUAUUUUCAAUGAUUUAUGCCAAGCUACCAAGAAGUGGCAUACUAGGAGCGUUACGAACGUUUCUACAACCAUCUACGGAUGUUCCAUCGUCAUUCUUCUGUAUUAUUUGGAUCAUCUUCAUGACGCAGCGGCACCUCAGAACAAACGUGGAACACCACGAAUCAAAUAUUUUGAUAGGAAUAUUAUUCAAGCACUGACAAGAGCUGACAAGGGCAAAAUACGCAAAGGAGAAGAACCAUUUGGACAUUGUUCGGUAUUUUUUUAUGUGUCAAUCAUUUUUUACAUGCAUAUGAUAAUGUUCACAUACAUUUAUGCCAGUUUGUAAGCAUAUUUAUGAUGCUUUUUUGCAUUGUCCAUUAAACAUAUGAAUCACAUUUAUCAAUUUAAUAUGUGUGUAUAUGUUUUACUCCAUCUUUCACGCCUUUUUUUAGUUCCGAAGCUCCACAGAGACCUGCUACACAGCUGUACCACCCGUUGAAGCACAAUUCAAGGCAUGAUUCUAUUUAUAUAUUUUUUUGUCAUAGAAUUUCAACAUAAUAUUCAGUGAUAUGCUAUAUAUUUACUUAAUAAUUUUCAAUUUACAACAGCAUAAGACUAGGACAAACACUUUUGAUGUACCUCGUCCUGACCCAUCUGCACAGCACUCAAUUCACAUCGAACUCCCGCUCAUCAGGGAUUUGAUAUCAAGCAAGCUGAAUCAGCUUCCAUCCCGCCACCGCCUGGGUUUCAUAGAGAAGUUGUCACAUUUUGAUACGGAGGUUGGUAAGGCGUGUUUAGUUAUUAAACAGACUCUUUAGCAGAUUGUUGAGAAACAAUACAAUCUAUCUGAUGUUUUUGGUGAGUUAAUUGAUGAGGUCCUCCGUGCUGAGUCGGGGGACAAUGAAGAUGGUUAUGAUGUGCAGAAAACAACUUCAAAAUCAAAUGAUAUUCUUCCCCAGACAGCAGAAGGAUGUACGUGUCCGGCCCCCCAACUGUACCCGAUAUGUCUACUCCAGUUUCCCAGCAGGAUACGCAGUUUACAGACACACAGGGUAAACAUGGUGACGGUGGCAAGAACAUGCCGACCAACACAAAUGUCACUCCUAAAGCAACACCACAUAUGGAACCUGACGCGCCGAUAUUUGAUGCGACUCCGCAAAUCAAGUCUACUGGCGGCGUCCAACAAGCGGCAGAAACAGACCUGCCCGACAGUGGUCCAUGCUUUGAUCAGACUCCAUCUGAACAUGUUUCUGUUGAAACCGAUCCAGCUACAAACACUCCAUAGGUUGGCCAGGCUUCUCUUGAUUCGGAGAUGCAAACUGUGUUAGCUCUACGCGAAUAUUUGUGUGGUCUGCAAUCUGACACCAGCAGGACCAUAAUAGAUUAUGGUGAAUAUCAGCGACAUGUUCUGAUAUAUAUGAAUCUUUUGCCGAUGGGAAGUGUCUCGACAACGUAUUCAUGCAGUGUUUCAUCCAAUGUGUUUUUGAUGAUGCAAAAAAUCAGCAGACUUCCAUGAGUUCGAACAGUUUGAUUCUUGAUGUUAAUGUUGGGUCACUACUCAACUUUGAGGAACAGGAACGACACAGUCGCAACCCUCAACCUUUUGAUGAAUCUGUACUCCACACACUUCUAGACAAUUCAUUGCCUGAGACAGAUGAAUUGGACCAAUGCAAAGCGAUCAUGGUUCCCAUGGUAAGCAGGGGGCAUUGGACAUUGUAUGUUGUCAAUAAGGUCAAGAAGUGCAUUCAUAUUUUAGAUUCCAAUCCAUAUGGGCCAACACUUGGUGGAACUACAUGGAAGGACUACCAUUUUGCACAUUUGGGCUCAGGUGGCAGAAAGUUACCAUGGGCUAAGGUUAUUAUGAGUAGAUUAAACAAAGCAAUACAACAUGUACGGCCCAGGAAAUGCUUUCCCGAAUUUGGUAACAUCACAAUUGACUUGUGCCCAAAUUGUCCUAACAUGGCAGCAGGAUCCAAUGACUGUGGGUUUUAUGUUAUGGGUUACAUUCUCUUUUAUCAAUGCGACGAAGGAUCUUUGCGGUCAGACAUAGAAUCAGGCAACACUAGUGAGAUACGGUCUCUUGCGCUGCAUUAUAUCACAUUCCACCCAAAGAACAAAGCAUAUCGCUGCUCGAAGACAUCCAAAGAUUCAAGGUCUAAUGGAUGUAGUUUAGUUUGGACAUGUAAUAAAUUUUGUAUACAAUGGUUCCCUAAACUUCAGAUCAGUCAUGUGUGUAUAAUAUGGGCAAAUACCGUAGACGUUUCUUAGUUUAUGUCAAUGACAACUUUGGGGAUCAGCUAACCUCUAAACUGGAAUAUUGUACCAAAUGUGUUUGAUAGUAAUGUGUGUUUCUUGCAUUUGAUUCUGCCAAA